AUGAGCCGGAUCUCUUUCAGAUCAUCUACUGGCGGGGGCAUGAGGGGCUUUAGCUCAGGUUCUGCUAUCGUAGGAGGUAGCGGUGGUGCCAGGAGCAGCUUUAGCUCUGUUUCUGUCUCUAGAGUUGGAGGAGGAAGAGCCGGAGGUGGAGGAGGCUUCGGAGCUGGCGGUGGCUUCGGCAGCAGAAGUCUCUAUAACCUUGGUGGAAGCAGAAGAAUUUCCUACAGCUCAGUCGGUGGAGGUCUACGGAGUGGAGCCGGUGGCGGAUACGGCUUUGGUGGAGGAUCAGGAUUUGGUGUUGGCUAUGGUGGUGGACCAGGCGCUGGCUUUGGCUUAGGAGGAGCUGGUGGUGGUGGCGCCUACGGGCUGGGCAGUGGAUUUGGGCUGGGAGGUCCUGGAUUCGGGGGUCGAGGUGGUGCUGGGUUCCCCGUUUGCCCGCCGGGAGGCAUCCACGAAGUGACUGUCAACCAGAGCCUCUUGGCACCGCUCAAACUGGAUAUCGACCCCGAGAUCCAGAAGGUGCGAACGCAGGAGCGAGAGCAGAUCAAGACCCUCAACAACAAAUUUGCUUCCUUCAUCGACAAGGUGAGGUUUCUGGAGCAGCAGAACAAAGUGCUAGAAACCAAGUGGUCCCUCCUGCAAGAGCAGGGUCACACGGUCACCAGAAAGUCCCUCGAGCCCCUUUUCGAAGCCUACAUCAACAACCUGCGGCGGCAGCUGGACAGCCUCAUGGGAGAGAGGGGCAGGCUGGACUCGGAGCUGCGAAACAUGCAGGACAUGGUGGAGGAUUUUAAGAACAAAUACGAAGAUGAGAUAAAUCGGCGCACUGGUGCAGAGAACGAGUUUGUGGUGCUCAAGAAGGAUGUGGAUGGUGCUUUCAUGAACAAGGUUGAGCUGCAGGCCAAGGCAGACUCACUGGCAGACGAAAUCAACUUCCUGAGAGCUCUCUUCGAGGCGGAACUGUCCCAGAUGCAGCAGCAAGUAUCUGACACCUCUGUGGUCCUGUCCAUGGAUAACAACCGCAACCUGGACCUCAACAGCAUCAUCGCGGAGGUCAAGGCACAGUAUGAGGACAUUGCCAACAGGAGCCGGGCAGAAGCUGAAGCCUGGUACCAAAACAAGUACGAGGAGCUCCAGGUCUCUGCCGGGCGGCACGGUGAUGAUCUGCGCAACACCAAGAUGGAAAUUUCAGAGAUCAACCGGAUGAUCCAGAGGCUGCGGAACGAGAUCGAGAGCGUGAAGAAGCAGUGUGCCAGCCUUCAAGCAGCCAUCGCCGAGGCAGAGGAACGUGGCGAGAUGGCCCUCAAGGACGCCAAGGCCAAACUCACCGAGUUGGAAGAUGCGCUGCAGAAGGCCAAGGCCGACCUGGCCCGGCAGCUCCGCGAGUACCAGGAGCUCAUGAACGUCAAGCUGGCCCUGGACAUCGAGAUCGCGACCUACAGGAAGCUGCUGGAGGGAGAGGAGAGCAGGCUCGCAGGAGAAGGAGUCGGAGCAGUGAGCGUCUCCGUGGUGAGCACCUCCAGCGGAACGGGCUACGGCAGCAGCUCCAUGGGCAUGGGCGGAGGUCUCGGCAUGGGCGGAGGUCUCGGCAUGGGCGGAGGUCUCGGCAUGGGCGGAGGUGGCAGCAGCUACAGCAUGAGCAGCAGCAGCGGCUUCGGCGCGGGCAGUGGAGCGCUCGGCUACGGCGGAGGCAGCAGCUUCAGCUCCAGCAGCGGACGAGGCGUCAGCUCCAGCACGGGAGGCAGCGUGAGGAUCGUGUCCAAGACCACCACCAGCAAAAAGACCAUCAGAUAA